AGCCCAGGUGAAAUAAUACCGCUGUUAUUGUGCAUAUCUGUUACGUUAUUAUUGUGUGCAUGUAGCUGUUUAUCGGCCGUGUGGUAAUUGUUAUUUUGUGUUAUAUGUCAGAUAACCAUUGUAUUUUAUCUGACAUAAAAAAUACACUUUUUUUAAGCUUCAUUUUAAACUCCUGGCCACUGAAAUGUUGCAUUUAAAACCGAACAAUGUUGCAGGAUGAGAUUAACCCAGCUUUAAAGCCGCGGAUGUGUCGCUCACGAAUACGAAACGCGCUUCGCUGUCGUCCUCUGUUUUGACUCCAUGUAUGUGUGGCUGCGUAUGUCGCCUCCUCUCCUGCACUAGUUUACUUCAUCCCCCCCCCCGCCACCACUGCUCACCUCCAGCGCCGGCAGCAGAAUGGCAGCGGCGGCCCCCAACCCGGAGGACUCCGCCAGGAGCAGCGGCAGCAGCGGCACCAGCACACCCAGCGCCCUCGCCGGAGACGGGGACGCGGAAGAGACCGAGGACUUCACCUCCUCCUCCCACUGCUCGGAGCUGUCUCGGCGGCAGAACGAGCAGAGGAAGCAGGGCUUGUUCUGCGACGUGACGCUGGCCUUCAGCAGCGGGGUGGCUACCGGGAGCGUCCAGAGCUGUGAGUUUUCAGCCCACAGGUCUGUCCUGGCUGCGGCCACCGAUUAUUUCACGCCUUUGCUGGGUGGACAGUUCUCCGAGUCCUUGUCCGGACGGGUGGAGAUGAAGGAAUGGAGCUCAGAACUGGGUCCGGACCCGGACACGGUGGAGAGUGUCAUCCAGUACAUGUACACUGGAGAAAUACGCGUUAGCACCUGCAAUGUGCAUGAAGUACUGGAGCUAGCUGAUAGGUUUCUGCUGCUGCAGCUAAAGGAUUUCUGUGGUGAGUUUCUUAAGAAGAAGCUGAGCCUGACCAACUGUGUGGCGGUGCACAGUCUCGCCCACAUGUACACCUUGGACCAGCUGGCUCUACGGGCUGCAGACAUGAUCCGCCGCAACUUCCACAAGGUUAUCCAGGAUGACGAGUUCUACACGUUGCCCUUUCACCUGGUCCGCGACUGGCUGUCUGACGCAGAGAUCACAGUGGAUUCUGAGGAGGUGCUGUUUGAGGCUGUGGUGAAGUGGGUGCAGAAGAACUCAGAGGAGCGAAGCCGCUACUUUGAGGAGCUGUUCCGUCUCCUGAGGCUGCCCCAAAUAAAGCCCACCUACCUGACCAGGGUGGUGAAAAAUGAGCGGCUGGUGGCCGCCAACGAGGCCUGUCUCCGGCUGGUAUCAGAGGCAGUAGAGGGUCACGCUAUCCGCUUUGAGAACCUCAAGUCAGCUGAUAUGGAGUUCUGGUCCUCCCACAUGGCCUCCUUUCAGCCUCGCUUUGGCCAGAACAUGGACGUCAUCAUGGUAGUAGGCGGUGUGUCAGAGGGAGGGGACUACCUGAGCGAGUGUGUGGGCUACUUCAUUUACGAGGACCGCUGGGUCAAUCUGCCGCACAUCCACAACCACCUGGACGGUCAUGCCAUCGCUGCCACAGAGUCCCACGUCUACGUAGCCGGUUCGAUGGAACCAGGCUUUGCUAAGACGGUGGAACGUUACAAUCCCAAUCGCAACACCUGGGAGCAGGUGAGCAACCUGACCACACGCAAGCAUUCCUUUGGCCUCACCUGCAUCAAGGAUAUACUGUACAGCAUCGGUGGCCAUGGAAACUUCAGUCCAGGUUUCAAAGACGUCAGUGUAUACGAGCCCGAGCAGGACAAGUGGCACAAUCUGGAAUCUGCCCCCAAAAUCCUGCGGGAUGUGAAGGCAGUGAGUGUAGAGGACCGCUAUGUGUACGUUACAGCACGCACGCCUGUCGAUACGGAUAAUGAGGAUGGACUGAAGACGGUGACCACUCGCUAUGACACGGAGAGUCGCCAGUGGCAAGAUGUUGACUCUCUGCCCCUUAUUGACAACUAUUGCAUCUUCCAGAUGGCUGUGGCCUCUACUAACUUCUACCACACGGCCUCCUGCUGCCCCAAGAGCUACACGGAGAGGGAUGAGGUUGCUAAGCAGAAGAUCAGCGUGCGCAUCUCUGAUGAGAUCCUGGAGAGCCUGCCACCAGAGGUUACCAGCAUCGAGGGUGCUGCAAUCUGCCACUUCGAUGAGGACGUCUUCAUCAUCGGAGGCUGGAAGAACAGCGAUGAUGUGGACAAGCAGUACCGCAAGGAGGCCUACCGCUACUGUGCCGAGAGGAAGCGCUGGAUGCUGCUGUUUUCUGAAGAGGUGAAAUGA